AUGAAAUAUCCUCAACUACUACUACACAACAUCAACAACAUCAACAACACUAACAACAUCAACAACGACGUUUUUCAAAUGCUUUCUUCCGUUAACAUCAACAACAACUUCAACAACAACAGCAACAUCAUCAACAACAACAUCAACAACAACAACAACAGCAACAACAACAGCAACAACAACAGCAACAUUAACAACAACAUCAUGGGCCCCGAAAGCCCGUUUGAGAAAAACAUCAACCAAUUAAAAUUGGGCGAGCCCAGCAGAAAGUACGCCAUCAACAGCACCGGAAGUAGCAGUGGCAGCCUAACAAGCCCUGAUCACCUGGAGAAACCCAAUUUCGCCCUCAUCACAUCUUCCUCAUCAACCUCAUCACCAUCGUCAUCAUCAUCGAACACCAUCAUCACCACAAACGUGUCUUCAACACCUUGCUGCCUACCACUCGGCUGCCUCAAAUUUUCAGCUGAAGAUUCCGUAUUCCUAGAUCAACAACAAACCACAGCCACAGCUGCUGCUACUGCAAAUGACGCCAUAGCGUCUGGGAGCCACGACAUCGCAGCAGCGUCGAGCGCUUCUUGUAGUAACAGUGGCAACGGCAAGACAACAGCAGCUCCAGGUAGCAUCCUCAACAGCGUCGUGACUCUGUCGUGCGACAACCCGACGUGUUGCGAGAACAAGUGGAUGCACGUUGAGUGCUUCAGAGAGUGGCGAAUGCAGUUGAUGCAGCUGCUGACGACCACGGGGCAGCAGCAGCAGAAGGGGGCCCAGGGCAUUGGAGGAGGAGGUGUUUGCGGAGGCAGAACCAGGCACUGGUCGGAUCAUAAGCAGCCGAGCCAGAACUCUUUCCUCAUCAAAAAGAUAUUCAUAGACUCUUACAUGCAUUAA